AUGGCGUCCUCUUCCGCCCUUAACCGAGUACAUAUGAAUGCCGAGGCGCCCGCUCAAUGCAUGUACGCCGCCAAAGGCUUAUGUCGCGUAUGGGGGCUCGCCAACUGUCUCCGAGUUAUAAGCGAUGAAAGCCUCCAUCUAGACCAGCGACUCGAGCGCGCAGAGCUGCUUCGCGAAGCGCUGACCAUGGGCCCUCGCUUCGUCAGCGUCAGCCACGUCUGUUGCGGCAACAACACGCUUCUGUCGCUCGCCGUGGGCAUGUCGUGCUCCGUGGAGACUCUGCAGUUUCUCUUGUCCCACGCGCGGUUCCGGCAGGAGGACGGCUGCAGAAUCACCGACUUCGUCGAGCACCUCGGGAGCGUCAUGGUACUCUUGAUGGCCAACUCCCGCGCUCGUUGUUUCGAAAAUAGGCUGCCCGGCGACGGCAAGAAGUGCCUUCGUGUUCUCCUCCGCGCCGGUAGCCAGAACUCUUUCGUGAAGAAUUUCUGGUACGACAACGGCAAGAUUCAUAAUUGGCUGCUAAGCAUUUUCAACGCGGCUUCCACUCGGGAGUUUACUUACCAUGAUGACGAGGUACCAGAGCACCCACAGAGCCAGCACCUCGUUCCCAUUCCCGCUCUCCUCGACUUCGUGGAGUGCAUCAUUGAGCUCUUCUACGAUAAGGAUAGCCCCUGCAAGAUCUCGGACAACACGUUCUGGACUGCGAUACUCAAGAGCUUGUGGACGCACGCGCACGUCACGAGAGGCACCUUGACCCGGGUUGCCGAUGUGACGCUGCGGCUCCUGGAGCUCGGGGUGUCGAAGCAAAUCGAUCUUCCAGGCGCAGCCAAGGGUGGCAGCUUCCUAACUUGUGUCGAAAGCGGCCUCUUCCCCAACGAUGUCAUCGAUCCCGACCUCGACGACGUCGACGCCAUCAUCGGGGACCAGGUGAUCAGAGGUACCAACGAGCUUGGGCAGAACUUUGUUCUCGCCACGGAUAUGCUGUGGGAGACGCGCAAGGCGAACAUUGAGCGCCUCCAAAAGCACAUCCUCGGAGGUGUGAACCCCCCCGUUGAGAGCCUAGGGGCAGCUGUCAAGGCAGCGCAGGAAGAGAUUCAGGCCCAGAUCAACGACUCAUUGGGGGAUAAUAGUGCCUCUUCGGGCAGUACAAACGGCCCUGGAGGACCAAAGCAAGCUGCGACCGAAGCAUCAUUCAACGACCCAGAAGACUGGGACUUGUUCGACGACAUCAAACCGCAGUAA